GGGGAGAGAGAGAGAGAGAGAGAGGUCCUUCAAACACCAAUUGUGUGUUGCACAUUCUCCAGCCGUAGUCCAUAUGGCCUCGGUUGAGGUGAAACGAAGAAAUGCAGUGGCUUGGGUGGUGUGUUUGGGUCUUGUAAUGAUGAGUCAGGUGGGUGGAGCAGAAAGACUCCCGAGAGCUAUUGCUCAACAAAGCUCGGUUCACAAAAAGGUAGCAGAAGAAGAAGAAGAAGAAGGAUUCAUGAUCCAAAUGGUUAAUUUCUUGUGGCAGAGCGGAAAGUCUUCUUAUCACCAUGUUUGGCCGGAGAUGGAAUUUGGUUGGAGACCGGUGGUGGGAUCAAUAAUUGGAUUCUUUGGAGCAGCACUGGGUAGUGUUGGAGGAGUAGGUGGUGGAGGAAUUUUCGUCCCAAUGCUCACCUUGAUUAUCGGCUUCGACCCCAAGACCUCUACUGCCAUUUCUAAAUGUAUGAUCAUGGGUGCAGCAGCAUCAACAGUGUAUUACAAUCUUCGGCUCCGGCAUCCAACACUUGACUUGCCCAUCAUAGAUUAUGAUCUUGCUUUGCUCUUUCAGCCCAUGCUCAUGCUUGGCAUUAGCAUUGGUGUUGCCUUUAAUGUCAUCUUUGCUGAUUGGAUGGUGACUGUUCUGCUUAUCAUUCUCUUCAUGGGUACGUCUACUAAGGCGUUAUUCAAAGGCAUAGAGACAUGGAAGAAAGAAACCUUGAUGAAGAAGGAGACAGCCAAACUAUUGAAGUCAGAAUCAAAAUCAACUGAUGAUCCUGGAAUGGAGUACAAACCACUGCCUACUGGUCCAGCUGCUUCGCCAGAUGACAAGGUUCCCAUGAUAGACAACAUUUACUGGAAGGAGCUUUUUCUGCUCAUGUUUGUCUGGGUGGCCUUCCUUACGGUGCAGAUAGUUAAGACUUAUGCCACAACUUGCUCCAUCCAGUACUGGAUUCUGAACUUAAUGCAGGUACCAAUUGCUGUCUCUGUGUCACUCUAUGAAGCCAUCUGCUUGUACAGAGGGAAGAGGGUAAUUGCAUCCAAGGGUAAGGAAGUCACAAAUUGGAGAGUGCACCUACUAUUUAUUUACUGUUGCUGCGGGAUAGUAGCUGGAGUAGUUGGUGGAUUGCUUGGGCUUGGAGGUGGCUUCAUCUUGGGCCCCCUUUUCCUUGAAUUAGGGAUUCCUCCUCAGGUUGCAAGUGCAACAUCAACCUUUGCAAUGGCAUUCUCAUCCUCCAUGUCAGUUGUACAAUAUUAUCUUCUAAAACGUUUUCCAGUCCCAUAUGCUGCCUACUUUGUUGUAAUCGCAACUUUUGCUGCACUCAUUGGUCAGCAUGUAGUGAGGAAGUUAAUUAUACUGCUUGGUCGAGCAUCCUUAAUCAUCUUCAUCCUGGCUCUGACCAUCUUUAUAAGCGCAAUCAGUUUAGGAAGCGUGGGCAUAGCAAAUAUGGUUGUAAAGCUGGAGCACAAUGAGUAUAUGGGGUUUGAAAGUCUGUGUCAUCAGACCUAAAUGCAUAAAUUGUGGGUUCUAGCAGUAUUCUUCAAUUUACAGCUACUUAUAUUCCUCCUUCUUCCCUUUGUCUAGCCAGUUAUUUAAACCGCCUAUAUCCAAGUAGAAUGGCUAGUUUAUCUGUUUCAAUGGGUACUCCAGUCCCUGUAUCAAAUGGUUAGCAAGACUGAUCCGGGUUUCUUUUUCAUUACUAAUUUGCAAUCUUGUUUUACUCCAUUUCCCCUUCUGUAAAGAACUUGCCGAGGACAAAUGAUAAUAAGAGUGGCGUAGCGAAAUUAAAUUGAGCCCAA